AUUUUUAAUGAUCCAAGCAAAUCUCAAUGGCAAACACCAAAGUUUUGACUAAUUCUAUUUCACACCAGAGCUGGUGGCUCACAUACUAUUACACUGUACAGUUUCCUUUUUUAUAGAUUACAGAAAAUCAUACUGUGCCCUAAACUAGUAAUCAGCAAAUUGAUUCUUUGCCAAACUUCCCCUUUAAUUAGAACUAAUUAAAGCUCACACACAGCUAUUGCUCAGUCCCAUGCAGUUUUAUCAGAUAAUUACAUACUAGUAGAAACCUUCUCAAUAAGUAACAGAUAAUCAUUAAAAAUAAUAGUGGUAAAACUGAGUCAAUAGAGUGAGAGAGACAGAGGGAGAGGAAGAUAAAAUAUCAGUCAGGCAUGUGUAAGGACAGCUACAUAUGGGGUCCAUUGUGUGUUUCUUUUCUUCUGAGCUUGACACUUCCUGGUCUGGUGCAGUGUCUCUGAGCAGAGCCGGCUGUUAGAGAGAACGAGUGAGAGAGAGAGGGAGAGAGGGAGAGAGGGAGAGGGAGAGGAGGAAGGAGUGAAAGCAUGUGUGAGCUUGUGUGUGUGUGUAUACGUGUGUGCAUAUGUAUGUGUAGAGCAGCAGAGUUCCGCAGAAACUCACACUUGUGCUGUAGAUGAAAGAAGGAAAAAAGAUAGAAAGAGGAGGAGUAGUGAGGGAUUUAUUGCCAGAAGGUUUCUGACCCCUUGCUUAAGCUUAACUUGCAACAAGUUCUUGCUACAGAACAGCAGAAAAAGAGACAGAGAAAGUGAGAGAGAGGGAGAAAGAGAGAAGAGAGGCUGGGACGGGACGGCAUGGGACAGAAGUGGACAGCAGGAAUGCAGGAGUCUGCAUGUAGGAUUAACUUUGCUGACAGUGGAAUGGAAAAGUGAAAGAGCCACAGAGCUACACACUCGUCUUCUCUCUCACUCCGUCCGUCACUCCUUCCUUUGUUUGUUCCUUGCUUCCUUCCUUCCUUCGCCUGGUUUUUGGAGAGGUGUUGCGGCAUGGUGCCGCAUGCUGCGUUUGUUAUCAUUCCUGCCAUGAACACACAGCAUUGGACACCGCGGGUUGAGUGAUGGCUGACGACCAGGGGGCGGGGUCACAAGAAGGGGUCGAGGUCGCAGCCUCACCGGCCUCCACCUCAGCAUCCUCUUCCACCUCUGACCUGCCUUGCAUUGCACCGCCUGAGGCUGAGCGGCAUGCCGGAGGUCGUCGCCAUAGCAGCAGGAGCUUCACGGGCUUGAGGCUGUUUGGAAGGAGGAAGGCCAUAGCUAAGUCAGGGCUCCAGCAUUUGCCGUCUCAGCCCAGCAGUUCACUACUGGCCAAGUGUGACUCGGACAGAGAGAUACGCAGCACUGUGGACUGGAGCGAGUCAGCACUGUAUGGCGAGCACAUCUGGUUCGAGACCAACGUCUCUGGAGAUUUCUGUUACGUCGGAGAACAACACUGCUACGCCAAGACACUGCAAAAAUCUGUUGCUCGAAAGAAAUGUGCUGCGUGCAAGAUUGUCGUUCACACCAUCUGUAUAGAGCAGCUGGAAAAGUUAUCUCACAGGAAGACUUCGCUUCAGGGGGAGUGGCUUGAUGAGCUGCCACACAAAGAUCCAUCUUUCAGAAUCAACUUCAGGUGUAAACCAUCAUUCAGGGAAUCAGGCUCUCGGAACAUUCGGGAACCCGCACGGCGUCGCAGAGCUCUAAAAGGUCAGGCCGCUUUGGAACGAAUCAGGCGUGCUGCUGCUAAACACAGUCCUACUAUAGUGCGACAUCACUGGGUCCAUCGACGGCGACAAGAGGGGAAGUGCAAGCAGUGUGGAAAGGGAUUUCAGCAGAAGUUUGCCUUCCACAGUAAAGAGAUUGUGGCCAUUAGUUGCUCUUGGUGCAAACAAGCUUAUCACAACAAGGUGACAUGCUUCAUGCUGCAGCAGAUAGAAGAGCCGUGUUCUUUAGGAGCUCAUGCAGCUGUUAUAGUACCUCCUACGUGGAUUAUACGUGUCCGCAGACCUCAGUCCUCACUAAAGUCGAGCAAAAAGAAGAAACGAACAUCAUUCAAACGCAAAUCUAGCAAGAAGGGAGCAGAGGAGUCUCGAUGGAAGCCGUUCAUUGUGAGGCCCAUUCCUUCGCAGCUGAUGAAACCACUGCUGGUGUUUGUUAACCCAAAGAGUGGAGGAAACCAGGGGGCCAAAAUAAUCCAGUCAUUUAUGUGGUAUUUAAAUCCUCGGCAAGUCUUUGACCUGAGCCAAGGCGGACCUAAAGAAGGGUUGGAGAUGUACCGAAAAGUUCACAACCUGCGUAUUCUGGCAUGUGGUGGCGAUGGCACGGUUGGUUGGAUCUUGUCCACUCUGGAUCAGCUGCAGCUGAACCCCCAGCCUGCUGUAGCUGUACUACCUCUGGGGACUGGAAAUGACCUUGCCAGAACCCUCAACUGGGGUGGGGGUUACACAGAUGAACCAGUGUGUAAGAUCCUCUCUCAUGUGGAGGAUGGGAACAUUGUGCAGCUUGACCGCUGGAAUCUGCUUGUGGAGCCAAACACAGAGGCGGGACCAGAGGAGAAAGAUGAACAGGUGACGGACAAGCUUCCCCUAGAUGUUUUUAAUAACUAUUUCAGCCUGGGCUUUGAUGCUCAUGUAACUCUGGAGUUUCAUGAGUCGCGAGAGGCAAACCCAGAAAAAUUCAACAGUCGCUUCAGAAACAAGAUGUUCUAUGCUGGGACGGCCUUCUCAGACUUCCUCAUGGGGAGCUCAAAAGAUUUGGCCAAACACAUUAAAGUGGUGUGUGACGGUGUAGAUUUAACGUCUAAGGUCCAGGAGCUGAAGUUGCAGUGUUUGGUCUUCCUCAAUAUACCCAGAUACUGUGCUGGCACGACGCCAUGGGGGAACCCAAGUGAGCAUCACGACUUCGAGCCUCAGCGCCACGACGAUGGUUGCAUCGAGGUCAUCGGCUUCACCAUGACAUCACUGGCAACGCUACAGGUCGGAGGUCACGGUGAGAGGCUUAAUCAGUGUCGUGAAGUGACUCUCACCACCUAUAAGUCAAUCCCCAUGCAGGUGGAUGGAGAGCCGUGCAAGCUGGCCCCUUCCACCAUCCACAUCUCACUCAGAAACCAGGCCAACAUGGUGCAAAAAACCAAGAGGAGGACCUCUAUACCACUGCUUAAUGAUCAGCAGCCGAUCCCAGAAAGGUUACGGAUCCGAGUGAACCGUAUCAGCAUGCGUGACUAUGAAGAUCUUCAUUACCACAAAGAGAAACUUAAAGAAGCUUCAAUCCCAUUGGGGCUCAUCGUCAUCCCUGGAGACAGUGACCUGGAAACUUGUCGAGUACAGAUUGAGAAACUGCAAGAGGACUUUGUGUCAUGUCACCCAUCUCUCCAGCGACUGAUGCUGCAGGCAGGUGAUGAGACCAAGUCCAAAACGCUGUCAUGUCAGAGAUUGUCACCAAAGUGGUGCUUUCUGGACUCGACUACAGCAGAUCGAUUCUACAGGAUUGAUCGAGCACAGGAACAUCUGCACUAUGUGACUGAGAUCUCUCAGGAUGAGCUGUUUAUUUUGGACCCCGAGCUGGUAGUUACAGAGAGUGUGAGCACAUCACCAGGCAUGCCUGACUUGGUAGACUCAUCUGCAGAGAUCUCUUCAGCUCAACGCAAAUUUGCCUUCCCAUCAACUUCCUCCUCUCCUCCCUCCUCUCCAACACCCAGAAUCGCUGAGCUGCAGAAGGCCUCUCAGAGGAAGCGCGUGUCCAGUGACAGCUCUGUGGCUGAAGCUCUGGCACACAGCGACUCGUUUCGAACAGCCAAGCCAGCACUGAACAGGGCAGGGGGUGUUCACCGCUCUAACACAACCGCAGCCGAUUUCAAUCAAGCUAACAGGUCGGAAAAGAAUGCUGUGAGCAUCAGUAGUCCAGUAUCAGCAGAUGUGCUUAUUGAGUGUGUGAAGAGCAAGGACCAUCAGAGGUUAAAGGAGCUCCAUAAGCAGGGGGCGGACCUGUGUGUGCAAGACUCAGCAGGUCGCACAUUACUCCACCAUGCAGUGAAUGUGGCCAGUAAAGAAAUCGUCAGAUACAUCAUUGAUAAUGCACCCACUGAUAUAUUGGAUGUGACAGAGACAGAAAACGGCGAGACCGUGUUGCACAAAGCGGCCUCGUUGUGUCAGAGGACGAUCUGUCACUACUUAGUGGAAGCAGGAGCUUCUCUUAUGAAGACAGACUUACAGGGUGAUACCCCGAAGCACAGAGCAGAAAAAGCAAAGGACGCAGAGCUGGCAGCGUAUCUGGAGAACCGGCAGCACUACCAGAUGAUCCAACGUGAGGACCAGGAGACAGCAGUCUGACCUCUGACCUUUAACACACCUUCCCCCUUUGGAGUCUGGAGCCAUCUACUUGUGCCAAACCAAUAAAUUCAAUAAGAAUGGAAUAGCUAAUAAUGGAAGGCUUCUCUGUAUGGGGUGAAUACUUAACUCCUAACCAACUCUAGAGCUAAGAGACACACAUACACACAUUAUGAAGAGAUCUGCAGGCUUACCAGCUUGACUAAAUUUACAUCCAUUGUACCGUCAGCAUUUAUUAGUGCAUCUGUGUCAGAAUGUAUGGAGAGGGCUGGAGUUUUCUUUGUUAAUGCAGUCACUAAUCUGCGUGGCUUUUACAGAGCAAUCAUUCAGAUUAACACUGAGAUUGUUGAAAGGUGUCUGGAGCGAGACUGUAUGGGACUGUGAAUCUAUGAUGUGAGAUCUCUGCAGCACUGAUCACACAGCUCAGAAUUUCAAUGCUUAUGUUUUGUUAAGAAUAAUGCUAGUGUUAAUAAGAAGAAUAAAGUUAUUGCUCUGCAGGAUCUUACAGACAUUUCAGAGAUUGACAGACUUAUUUGUUUACCCAAACUAAGUGGAUGAGUGUUGAAAGCUUAAGUUUUAGGAUGAGGGGCAUUGGCUUUCAGCACUCACUGCACUGAAAACUUUUUAAGCCUGUAGUAGCUGUUCUUGGCUUUGCUUCUUUCAUUGUUUUUUUUUCUUCUCUUCUCUUCUAGAAAGGUUCCUUCUAAUAAUUUUUGGUACUGUACGUGUAUCUUAUUAGGUUUCUAUCUGAGAAAUAUUUGCACUGUAGCUAUCAUUGCCUUCUUUAUUCCACUCAUAAAUUUCUUGAUUUAUAAUUGUUGUAGUUAAGUUACGGUUUAUUUGUAAUGUCCAUUUUAAUAGUAAAUAGAUGUUUAUAUAAUUUAUCACUAUAACAUCUGACUUGUUUACUUGUCUUAUUGUAUUAUAAAAUACUGUAAAUUUAAUACUGUAUUCUUUUCAGAAUGCAGUUCACUUGAUUUUGUUCAUAAUUCUCUGCUCUUGAAUUGUUCUGGAUGGUCUCACUGUAUGACAGAAUGUUAUCCUUCUAAUCAGUGCUUUAUCUUAAUGCACCAACAUAUGAUGAUGCUAUUUAUUUUCUAUAAUAGAUAUAUGUCUAAGUUAAAUUAGUUUUGAAACUAGAUAUAAUUAAUUAAUUAAUUAAAAAUAUUUAAUUUGCAAAGAGGGGCACUUUCUUGUGGCCACUGUACAGUUCCAUCUUAAAAUAUAUUUAUUGAUAUGGAUUUUCCCAGCAUUGUAGAGGUACACAUACAUUUUGCGAGCUCAGUAAGCUAUUUUUAAAGUACCCCUAUGAAAAUUAUAUUCUCAUCAACAGAUACAUACAAACCUUCACAAACUAAAUGGAAACAGUAAUAUUUCAUACCUGAAAGAGUUAGGAGAGCCAUUAUCUCAGUGCAAAAAAACAACAAUAGUAAUUUGUGAGAUUUCUUAAAUAAAUCAAAUCACUGGCCAUGUAAUCUAGUUAAUGAUACAUAAAAUGGUUUUGGAUCCAUUUGAGUGGAAAACAAAAAUCACAUUUUUUUCCCCCAAGAUAUGCUUAUCCUAUUUAUUAUAUAAUGUCAGCUCACACAAUUUAAUUUUUAAUCUUGACAAUCUGAAUAGACAAUCCAUGCAGCAGGUUAUGAAGUCAUGACAGUACAAUAUUGUCAUUGGCUUGACAUUUUUAUCCUGUAUAUAGAAGGUGCUGGUUUUGCUUUCUUAAAUAAACCCUGAUGAUGCUGAACUGAAACAGUUUGAGGUUUGACAUUGGCAGAUAGUGACACUUUGACAAUAGUUAUAUGCUGGCAAAAAGGAUGAAUGAAUAGAAAGAGAUCAUUUUAUAUUCUGUUAUACCACAGCACUCUUGAAUUCUCCAAUUCAUCAGAAGGUUUUGAUUCAUUUUCUGUAACAGCAGAUCUGACAGUAGGUUGACUGCAAGGCAAAUCACAGGUUUAUAGUAAUGCAAAGAAAAUACAUUGCUCCACAUAACUGAAGUCUAAUAAUAAACAGAUUUUAAAACUGCA